UAACAUAUUAUCGAGCUAAAAAUAAAUAAAGUGGGUUCUUUAUUCUGACUCUUUCAGUUAUAGCUAUGAAAUCUUGUCGCAGAAACAGCUUUUACUCUUCUUCUUCUUCUUCUUCCACCGUCACCUGCUUUAUGGAAAAUGACCAAUCUACCCCGGAGAUCAUCCAAAUUCCCAUUCAGUCCCCGCCGGAAAAUGAACUCCCAAACCUCUCAGCUCCGACCGGUACGGCUGCUGUUAAAAUACAGUCAGCUUAUAGGUCUUACAUAGUUCGUACCCUUGUAAAGAAGAUUUCAGCCGUCAAUUCUGAAGCAAACUAUUUACAACGUCUUAUCCAACGACAGCAGGAUACAGUUGAUGCCGUAAGGUCCAGUGAGCGAGAGAGAAUCAGGAUGAAUGAGGCGCUAAUGGGUCUGCUAUUAAGAUUAGACUCAGUGCCAGGAGUUGAUUCAACAGUCAGGGAGCUGAGGCGACACGUGAGCCGCCGGAUCGUGGGGUUGCAAGAGAUAUUAGAUGCUGUUUCCGACACUAAGAUUCAAAACUGGGAUGGAUUUUUGAUGGACUGGGAUGAUGUUGUAGAGAGGAUGGAAAUUGAGGUUUGCAAAGAAAGAGGUGAUAACGAAUUGGAGACGUUCUGCGCUGAGCAUUUGGGUUUUCGGUGCCUACAAAGGUUUCUACGCGACCAAUAAUGAUACCAAUCCUCACAAAUGUAAUAUCAUCUUUCCUUUCUUGUUAAUACGUUAUAUAUACCUAUACAUGUAUCUGACUUGUAAUCCUGUUGUAUAAUGCAUAUGAGAGUUCUCUUUCCUUC